UUCUUUUGGAAUAUGAAGAAAAGAGUAGAGAGAAGGAAAAAGAAAAGAGAGAGGGGGCUAAACAGAGCUCGCGUAGAGGGGUUUGAAACGAAUGAAGGGGUGUGUACUGGAAGAGGGGGCAGCAAAGGAAGGCGAAUAGUUGCCUCGAUGAUACCACCUCUCUCAGUUGCUUCUCGGUUUCCGGACUGCGUGGACUGGCAGAAAAUGCGUACUGUGGCCGUAUGGACAGCUUUUGUGUUAGCGUACUCAAGCACCCCGUUCGUGACCGGUAUACGAUACAUUGAUCCGAUCUCGGCGCAAUCAGGGAACACCGGCGACAUUGCCGAGAAGCGCGUUGACCUGACGGAGCCGACAUGCGAAGAAUUGAGGGCAAUGUGGAGGUACACUAAACGACAAAGCAGAGCUGCUAAAACUACUACCGGAUACUCUCUUUAUCCCGAUCCAUUUUCGUAUAACGUGUGGAAAUCUUAUUCCGAAUACACCAAGCCCAAUCUUAACUACCGCGGAAAAUUUAUGGGGAAACCGCGCAACCGUGCAGGAGGUAGUGCUCCAAUUUAUGGAAAAAUAGUACAUAAAGCACCAGCAAGUAGAUUAAGAAAUGGAAUGCGACACUCACCACGACUUUUCAAUAAAAUCCCGCGCUUUUUCGGAACAAUGAAUUCUUAUCCACCAUUGUCGAAAAGUCGUUUUAACCCAAUAGUUGGUUCCUCGCAAGCUGGCAGUUUUCAACAUUUAAAGGAAUUACUUCGUGCUGAACGGGCUCGUGAAUUACAGGAACAGUAUAAAGCUGAAGAAUUGGCAGAAAAGACAUCUACUUUCAAAGAUUCUGUAGACAAUGAGUAUCCUUUCAAUAUUCUACAAUCUCAGAAACAAUAUCUAAAAUCAACAUUGGGAAUCCCGACGAAAAUUAAUUAUGAAUUUGGUCAAGGACGAUAUGCAUCGAAUAAUGGUCAAAUUUGGACAAGGAAUGGACCCCAGACUCGCGAAUAUUUGUCGCGUUAAUAUUUCAAAGAACUAUUGAUGUCUCUCACACAAACAAAGAUGUACCAACAUAUCGGUUCUCUUGAUACGAUCGCAUGCGACAGAACGUAAAUGAUUCGGAUUUGCUUUUUUGGCAAUCUUCGACAUCCCAAAAUUUACGUAAGCAAACUAUUUGCGUUUAUACUAACAGCAUAUCGUCGAAAGGGCUUUUCACUUUCGUUUCUCCUCCGUCGUCCUCGAAAAUUGCUCUUAAGGCUUUCACUGUCUGGCGCUCGAAUUUCGAAUCUCUAUUCCCUGCGAUGCCUCAAUUUAUUCGACAUGUUAUUUAUGCCCGGAUAAAUAUAAGUCAAUAAAUGGAAGGAAAGUCGUAAAGAAGAACGACUUGAGUUGGCAAUGCUAUAGAAUGUAUAUUUUCUUAAUUCAUUUAAACUCGCACAGAUUUAAUUACCGUGCAAGCCGCCUAUAAAAUAUUCCAGAUAUAUAAAUUUAAUAUUAUAUCUCUGAAAAUCGCUACAGCGGCGACGUAAUCGUAAUUUCAUAUCACUAAGCGGAGAAAACACGAGCAGAAUAUUACUAAUUUAUUUUUAUUUUUUCAAUUAUAAAAUGUAUUAAUAAUAUUGUGUAUAUAUAUAUAUA